UGCCUGAUAACAUUUAGAUUUCAUCCAGACUUUAAUCAUCAGCACUGCAGCCAUGUCUGACUGGAGCCCGGUGACGCCUGUCACUCCAGAGGUGAACAGCAUCUGCCUUCAGGUAAAGCCACAAGUGGUGAGCAUGGCUGGAGCCAAUUUUGCGGUUUACACUCCUCUGGACUUUAUUUCUAAAAAUGAGGCUGGAGUAAACUACACAUACAUAGUAAAGGUGAGUGUUGAAAAAGACAAGUGUGUUCAUGCAAAGAUAUCACAGGCCGGUGAAGGACAACUGAAUUUGGAAGCAAUCCGCUACCCAAAAAACAUGGAUGACCCUCUGGUCCCCUUCUGAACACUUCUAACCACAUACAGAAAUAGUCUGUCUUAUCAGACACACACAGGAAAAUGAUUCAAAACCAUUACUUUACUCAAUAAUAAAAUCAAUAUUCAAAUC